AUGGCUUUCUUUGCAAACCAAAUCUAUACCAUCGCAAACAGGAAACAGGACAAUGGCAACAAUAUGUUCCUGGCCCUAUUUGAAGCAAAUUCUGCCAACGCCACUCCUUGUCAAGUGCACAACCAAUCCAACACUGAGGAGGCGUUUAACCAGCAAUGGCUUGUCAAGACAGUCCCCGGAAAGUGCGACAUUUACACAUUCCAAAAUAUCCGUACCGGGACCUACCUUGAUCUGCGUGACGGUUCAAAGAAUAAUGGCGCGCUCGUCGUAGGGUGGCAGCUUCUCCCUGGAACAGAAUGGGAGUCUGCACAGCAGUGGAGAAUCAUUCCUAACGGAAACUAUACUAAAAUUCAAAAUGUUGCCAGUGGUACCUACCUUGACUUGCUCAACGGCAGUAGUGCACCCGACACGCAAGUUCACGGCUGGGAAUGGAGUGCGACAGAGACUCAAGACUGGUCCCUGCGCCGCGUAAGCCGCACAGAUGUUGAGCUUCGCGGCAUCAUUGCGAAAGACACGCACAACGCGCCCGACUUCCAGGGUUUCAGUCAGGACGGGUUAUAUCUUGUGCUUCCCCAGAGUGUCCGUGAUGCGAUAUACGUUAGCUCCAGGUUGAAAACUAUGAAAGGCCGCGGUCAGCUCUUUGACAGCGACGACUAUGCCAUUGUUCUCAAGGCAGAAGUUGCCAAGUGGGGUAUUGCAAACCUUCUAGCCGAUGAUUUUGGACUCCUUUGGGGAUUGAUGUUCAGCCGAAACGACGACGGUGCUCUUGCCUAUAACUUCUACUUAAACGAAGACUUGGAUACUGUUGUAUUUUUUGAUCCCUAUACCGGAGAAGAGAAGGCCGACAUGGGGUACAAGGCCUACAUGGCCCUGUACUGA